AUGGCCACCAACGCGUCGGUCGCCUGGGACCUCCCUCCCCUCCCGAGUUAUACCCUCUCCGUGCGGCAACCCGUGCUCGCCCCCAUCCCCGACAAUGUCUUGGCCUUGGCGCUGCCCAUCAUCGCAUACUGGAGUUUGUCUAUGGUCUAUCAUUUUAUCGAUGUUUACGGAUACUUCGAACAAUACCGCUUACACACCCCCGCCGAGGUAUUGAAGCGAAACCGCGUGACCCGUUGGGAGGUGGUGCGCGAUGUCAUUCUGCAGCAAGUCGUUCAAACAAUCGCCGGCAUGUCCGUGGCUUAUUUCGAUCCCGUGGAAACGGUUGGCCGUGAAGAAUACGACGUGGCCGUAUGGGCGCAACGACUCAGACUCGCCCAGCGAGCCAUUCCCCCCAUGUUGGCUCUGGUCGGUGUGGACGCGGCGGGUCUGGCCAAGUCAAUGUCACAAAAUGGACACACUUUGUUGGCUGGAGCACUAGCAGGAGGCUCUUACCCGGAGCUGAUGCAGUCGCUUAUUCUCGACAGUGGAGCCGAGGUAUCCGCGCCUGCCUUCACCGGUUGGGAGUUGGCCUUGGCGAGCUUCAUAUACUGGUACUUCGUUCCGGCGCUUCAGUUUAUGCUCGCGGUCUCCAUUGUCGAUACUUGGCAAUACUUCUUGCAUCGGGCGAUGCACCUCAAUCGAUGGCUCUAUGUAACAUUCCACUCUCGACACCACCGACUCUAUGUUCCCUACGCUUUCGGCGCCCUGUAUAACCACCCCGUGGAAGGAUUUUUGCUGGAUACUUUCGGUACCGGUAUUGGUUUCUUGGUUUCUGGGAUGACCAACCGACAAGGAAUGUGGUUCUUCACCAUGUCCACCAUCAAGACUGUCGAUGACCACUGCGGCUACGAAUUUCCCUGGGAUCCUCUACAGCACUUCACUUCGAACAAUGCGGCCUACCAUGACAUUCACCACCAGAGUUGGGGCAUCAAGACCAACUUCUCUCAGCCAUUCUUUAUCUUCUGGGACCGUCUGCUCGGCACACAAUGGACAGGGGACGUCACAUCUCGUUACGAGCGGGCCCGAGAGAUCGCCCAGAAGCAGGUGGAUCUGGACACUCUCAAGGCUGCCGAGCUGGCCGAGGAAACCGAGCCUGAGCCUGCAGUGGUCUCAUCUGACGGCCCGGCCACCCGGACUCGUCUACGCCGAAAGACUGUUGACAGUCUCAAAGGACCGAGUCACAGUGUUCCCAGCAGCGUCCUACACAAUUAA